CAUCUUUUUGGCUGAAAGGAGACAUGUAGAAAGGAUGUUUCUGAUUUUUUGUUUUCAUUUAUUUUUGCCUUCACAGAAUAUAAUCAAAUGAGGCACCUUAGCCAGCCUGGGUGAUUGCUUCGAGUCUUAUAAUCAUCUGUGUAGCAAAGUGGGUAAAAUUAUUCAAUUUCUUCCCUGCUGGACCUGGAAGGCGAGAGGCUGUGUGUUCAUCCCCACCCAUUAGCUAUGCCCUCUUUUCUCUGAAUGUCGAUUUAAGGAAGCAAGCACCUGUCUUCUGCCACUGAAUCUUCCCAGCAAACUUUAAAGGCCAUUUUAUCUGAUAGAAAGAACAUCAAGAACGCUCUGAUCUCUAGUGAUGAAGAAUCUGGGAGUGGACACUUUUCCCAUCCAGAUACAAUGCACUUUAAUUGAAGAAAAACUGAGCUGAACUACAAGUCUGUUUCUUAUGGUGCUGGAUGACUCCUACAGAACUGCCCUGAGAUCAGCCACGAGAGAGGGCUCUGACAGAUACAAGUCACCUUCUGAAUAUUGCACUUAGCUGUCCCUGGGGACUUAAAAUUUUGGAAGUGUUCCUUUUCACAUGAAAUCCUCCAAGAUGAUGAGCUCCAAUCCCGAGGAAGACCCUUUGGACACGUUUCUCCAGUACAUUGAGGAUAUGGGGAUGAAGGCCUAUGACGGCUUGGUUAUUCAGAACGCAUCAGACAUUGCUCGAGAGAACGAUCGCUUGAGAAACGAGACAAACCUGGCCUACUUGAAAGAGAAGAAUGAAAAACGCCGAAGACAGGAAGAAGCAAUAAAACGCAUAGGUGGAGAAGUGGGGCGAGGCCACGAAGGAACUUAUGUGGGCAAGCAUUUCCGCAUGGGAUUCAUGACAAUGCCCGCGCCCCAGGACCGGCUGCCCCACCCUUGCUCCAGUGGCUUCUCCGUCAGGUCGCAGUCGCUGCAUUCGGUCGGCGGAACAGACGACGACAGCAGCUGUGGCUCCCGGAGACAACCACCCCCCAAGCCCAAGCGGGACCCCAGUACCAAGCUGAGCACGUCAUCUGAGACAGUCAACAGUACGGCGGCCAGUAAAAGCGGGAAAGGCCCCGAACGGACCGAAGUGUCAACCAAACCAAGACCCCACAGUGAUGAAUAUUCAAAGAAGAUUCCUCCUCCCAAACCAAAACGGAACCCAAACACUCAGCUCAGCACAUCUUUUGACGAAACGUAUAUCAAAAAGCACGGACCCAGGAGGACCUCGCUCCCGCGGGACUCCUCGCUCUGCCAGGUCAGCAGCCCCGCAGGGGACCCCGAGGAGGAAGAGCCCGUGUACAUUGAGAUGGUGGGGAACAUUCUCAGAGACUUCCGGAAGGACGAUGAGGACCAGAGUGAGGCCGUCUACGAAGAAAUGAAAUACCCCAUUUUUGACGAUCUAGGCCAAGACUCAAAAUGUGACCUCGACCAUCACAGCUGUUCUUCGCAGUGUGCUACUCCCACGGUGCCUGACCUGGACUUGGCCAAGUCCUCAGUGCCAUGUACUCCAAAGGGUUUGCUCUGUGACAUCCCCCCGCCCUUUCCCAACCUGCUGUCUCAUAGACCCCCGCUGCUGGUGUUCCCCCCGGCCCCGGUGCAGUGCUCGCCCAACUCGGAUGAGUCUCCGCUUACCCCUCUGGAGGUCACCAAGCUUCCAGUGUUGGAAAACGUGUCUUAUAUGAAACAGCAGGCCGGGGCCUCUCCAUCCUCCUUGCCAUCGCAUGCCUCCGGCCACGCCAAACUGGAGAAAGACCAGGCUGGAGCCCUGGGGCCGGUUCCCGCCGCCUCCGUGCUCUCCUCGUCCCCUCCCCCGCCCUCCACUCUGUACCGAACGCAGUCUCCGCACGGCUACCCCAAAAGUCACUCCGCUUCCCCAUCUCCUGUCAGCAUGGGCAGGUCCCUGACCCCGCUCAGCCUCAAAAGGCCCCCGCCCUACGACGCCGUGCAUUCGGGCAGCCUCUCCAGGAGCUCGCCAUCAGUGCCUCACUCCACCCCCAGACCGGUGUCAGACGGGAGCAAGAUGGUCAACGCCGCGGUCAAUACCUACGGCUCGGCUCCGAGCGGCUCCCGGUCCAGAACCCCCACGAGUCCUUUGGAAGAGUUAACCAGCCUCUUUACCUCGGGGCGCAGCCUGCUGAGGAAGUCGUCCAGCGGCCGCCGCUCUAAAGAACCUGCAGAGAAAUCCACAGAGGAGCUGAAGGUUCGGAGCCACAGCACGGAGCCAAUACCAAAGUUGGACAGCAAAGAGAGAGGCCAUCAUGGGGCAUCGUCCUCCAGAGAGCCUAUCAAAGCUCAGGAAUGGGAUGGGACCCCUGGACCACCUGUGGUCACCAGCAGACUGGGAAGAUGCUCCGUGAGCCCCACAUUACUAGCAGGAAACCACAGCUCAGAACCGAAAGUAAGCUGCAAACUAGGGCGGUCGGCGUCCACAUCAGGUGUGCCCCCUCCAUCUGUUACUCCUCUCAGGCAAGCCAGUGACCUGCACCAGAGCCAGGUACCAUCAUCGUUAGCCAGUCGUGAUUGA